GGCCCGGCUCCGCGCGCCCCCGCUCCCCCGCGCGCCCCCGACCGGCGGCGCCCGGCCGCUUGUCCGGGGUGACGUCAUCGCCCCUGUCUCCUAGCAACCGACGGGGCCCGUGGCGGCGGUUGGGCUCCCGGGAUCCGCCGGCUCCGCUCCGCCCCGCCAUGACGGCAAGGACCUUAAGGAGGUUGUGGUUCCAUAGAAGGGUUGUUGGAGUUAUGGUUAUAAGUGCAGACGGCACUCCAAUUAAAAAAAACCUAUUGUACCCUGCAACAGUUCAAUAUGCAAAGCAUCUUCAUCACCUUAUAGAACUAGCACAGUACGCUGUGAAAGAAUUUAAUCCUCAAGAUGCCCUAAAUCUUCUUCGGAUUGCUACAGAGAAAUAUGAAAUCCUGGUAAUCCCAGCUAAGGAAUAUCUUCUUGUCGUUCUUCAGGAUCCAUAUGACUAGACCUUCUGCAGUAGUAAUCUUGCAUUCACGAAACUAUACUUUGAAAAAGGCUCAAGUUUUCAUUGUGGUCCUUACUGAAUUUACUAAUGUACUGAGCUUGUCUUUAUUAAAACUGUUUCUAGCACAGCUUCUUAGUUUUUGUUUCUGGUUGAAUUUUAGAACUGUGCUUUAGCAAGAUAUACACAGAUCAAAAUCUGAUGUGAGUUGCCAAGCUUAAUGACUAAUGUAAUAAAAAUGAAUAUGUGAAACAUG